AAUCGGCAUCUGACAUUACAGCUCGCCCUUGGGGACUGCGGAUAAGCGGCCGCUCUAACGUGCAGUCGAACAACCCUAUUUUUACGCGUCUAAUGUUUUUACGGACGCUAUUAAGAGUUCAAUAAUGAAGAAUUCCCGCUGUUCGUAAGAGUGCGUCGGACGCUUGCCAGCACGCUGAGCUGUGAAGUCAAGGAACAUUGUUGACUAGCUGUGUCACACAGAGAUGACCAAAGAGGAGGACAUCCCAGACUGGGUGGGAGCCCAGGAGUUCUACGACAAAUAUGAUCCCAAGGAGAUUCUGGGAAGGGGGGUGAGCAGUGUGGUGCGCCGGUGUGUCGACAAACUCAGCGCUCAGGAGUACGCCGUGAAGAUCAUCGACAUCACCCCUUCGGACCAGCUGACCGGGCAGGAGAUCGAGGAGAUCCGGUCUGCCACUGAGAAAGAGAUCGCCAUCUUGAAGAUGGUCUGCGGGCAGGAGAACAUCAUUCAGCUCAAAGAUUGCUAUGAGUCCAACGCCUUCUUCUUCCUGGUGUUUGACCUGAUGAAGAGGGGUGAACUUUUUGACUACCUCACUGAAAAGGUUACCCUCAGUGAGAAGGAAACCAGGAAUAUCAUGCGUGCUCUGCUGGAAGUGGUCCAGUUUCUCCACUCCCAGAAUAUUGUCCAUAGGGAUCUGAAGCCUGAGAACAUCCUGCUGGAUGACCAGAUGAAAAUCAAACUCACCGACUUCGGUUUUUCUAUACAGACCGAGCCAGGACAGAAGCUUUCCGAGGUGUGUGGGACCCCCGGGUACCUGGCCCCCGAGAUCAUCGAGUGCUCCAUGAACGCCACUCCUGUGGGAUAUGAUACAGCUGUGGACAUAUGGAGUUCAGGUGUCAUUAUGUACACUCUGCUGGCGGGCUCGCCUCCUUUCUGGCACCGGAAACAGAUGCUGAUGCUGCGCAUGAUCCUGGGUGGGAAGUAUGACUUCUCCUCUCCCGAAUGGGAGGAUCGCUCGGACACCGUCAAGGACUUGAUCUCCCGCAUGCUGGAGGUCGAUCCAAAGCAGAGAUACACAGCCAGAGAUGCCCUCAACCACCCUUUCUUCUCCCAAUACGUGGUGGCCGAAGUACGACAGUUUACCCCUUACAGACGGUUCAAGGUCAUUUGCAUGACUGUCCUAGCCACAAUGCGGAUCUACUGCAAUUACCGUCGCGCCAAGCCCGUUACCAAGGAGGUUAUCAAGAGUGACCCGUACGCAGUCAAGCCCAUCCGCAAGCUCAUCGAUGCUUGUGCUUUCAAGAUCUACGGUCAUUGGGUUAAGAAGGGCCAGGCUCAGAACAGAGCUGCUCUUUUUGAAAACAGUCCCAAGGUCAUCCUGCUUUCCCUCGCUGCAGAAGCCGAUGACUCAACCCUCCACACCUGGUAGUGAAGUACGGUGGCUAGCUCGGUAAAGAGGGCGUGCUCUUGAUAUUCAAGUAUGGAGCAGAAUACAAGGUAAUACAGUUGGAAGUUAACCAAAAAUGUUAAGUAAAAUGCAUGGAUAUACUCAGUGUAUGAGGGCACAUACCACACUAGGUAAUGGCAAUUAUCAGUCUGCUAGUAUCAAGGGUUUAGCGAAGAUGUUCAGUCUUUCCUUUCGACGGUUAAGUACAGGAGUUUUAUUUUCAAUGAUCCCACCUGCAUACUUGAAAUCAUGUUUAGAGGCCACCCAUAUGUAUACAUUUGGAUAUGUACAAUGUCAAACUUUACAUUAUAUAAGUUGACAAUUCAAUAAACAUGACUAUUUUUGAUCCA